GCGCAAAAUACUCAAAUAUUGCUGUUUGUUACAGGUUAAACUGAUCGUGUUUUGUUUUUCCUGUAAAAGCAAUUAUUUCGCUAUUUUUCCUUAUAUAUUGCUUCAUUUGCCUGGUGAGUUUUCUAACGAAUAAGAACAAUGAAGUAUUUCGGAAUAAUGUUGUUAGUAUUGGUUUGCUGUUGUUUUGUCGGAACUCAUGCAAUCAACACAUUGGAAAACGAAAUCGCCCAUUCAGAUGCCAAAAGCCAUCCGAAUCCCAAAUUACCAGCUAGUGAAAUGCCUCUGGAAGUCGAUAUACUGAAACUACUUAAUGUGUCCCAUAAAGACCAAGGCGUUUCCUUUGUGGAAGGUCCAAUCAAGAAAUUUCCCGCAUACAAAUUUCGCUUUUCCCCAUAUGGACAUGUUCCUUUGGCUAAGUCCAAUAUUGUCAGCGAAGCUAUGAAUAAUAGCAGAGGAUUUACCGUCGUCUUUUUAUAUCGGCAGGUUCGAAACAAUUUGGGCACUUUGUUAUCCCUCCAUUCCCCGGGCCGACUAACGCCGUGGUUUCAGUUGACUUCAAAUUCCAGAACGGGGAUUUUAACCGUGAAAUAUCGACUGCGGAAAUCGAACAAAUUAAUCCAAAUUGAUUGGGAAUUGCCCAAACACUACAGGAAAUCGCCCUUGGCUGCUUGGCUGUGGCUUUCACUAUCCAUGGACUUUCAAGAGGACUUAAUUCGUCUGGAUUUGGACUGCGUUCCCAGCUCUUUCGAGUCGAUCCCGUCCAGAAAAUUCAACUCCCACAGCUUUGCAGUUCCACGGGAUUCUUUAGUUUACUUCAAAGAGGAACCGGGCAGAAAGAAUCGAUUUUUGGGUUCCAUUCAGGUGGCAAAAGUGUUGCCAUACGUUACUCAUGAGCGUCUCUGGAACUGCCUGGAAAUUUCUAGAAAUCUGAUUCCAGAAUUCCAGAAGCCUCUGUUGUAGUAACCUGCUGAACAAGUUUAGAGGGGGCUUGAAGCGCAUUUAUUUACUAAUAAUUACUCUAAGUGAGGAAAUGGGAUGUGAUCGAAUUAGUUUGAAUUAAUUUCAUAUAUUUGAACUCGGGAUAUUUUAGACCGCCAGUGGCUAAGAGGUUGGUUUAGUUACUUGCUUGUAGAAUUACAAUAAACGAUUGUUUGUUUAGUACUUUUUA